AAAGCAGAAAAUGUUGGAAUAAGAAGUUUAGAGAUUACAGGAGUCUCAAUAGAAAGUAUUACAGGUCUGGUUUGUUUAUGUAAAAAGGAAGAAGUAUCAAAGCUAGUUUUGAGAGGACUAGGUAUUGAUAGUGUUAAUUAA